CUCCAUUUCGCCAUAGUAAACCAGCAAAAGCAAUCAAACAAACCUAUCCAUUUCUAUUUCAAAACCCUUUUAAGCAAUCUGAAAUGGCAAUGGUUCCUAGCUUCUUCGGUACACGAAGCAGCAUCUUCGAUCCUUUCAAUUCUUUCGACCUGUGGGAUCCAUUGAAAGACUUCCCAUUUCCUUCAUCCUCUUCAAUCCUCUCUCGUGAAAAUUCUGCUUUUGUUAACACUCGCAUAGACUGGAAAGAGACCCCAGAAGCUCAUGUUUUCAAGGCUGAUCUUCCUGGGCUUAAAAAAGAGGAAGUGAAAGUGGAGAUUGAAGAUGACAGAGUGCUUCAAAUCAGCGGAGAGAGGAACGUGGAGAAGGAAGACAAGAACGAUACUUGGCAUCGUGUGGAGCGUAGCAGCGGCAAAUUCUUGAGGAGGUUCAGGGUGCCGGAGAAUGCCAAGAUGGAUCAGGUUAAGGCUUCCAUGGAGAAUGGGGUUCUCACUGUGACUGUUCCUAAGGUGGAGGUGAAGAAACCUGAUGUCAAGGCCAUAAAAAUCUCUGGUUGAUUAAUAUCUUUAUUGUAAAUGGAGCGGAUGUGACAACACUUCGUUGGAUUAAUAAACAGUGGCUGAUACACUGUGUGAUUUUCUAAUGGUCUAAUAGAACUACUCUGCAUAUUUUCAUUGUUCUUAAA